CACCCCCAAACACACCACACCUCAUUAACUAAUUACAACUAUUUCUUCAUUUCUCUGUCCCAUCAUCCACCACCGCCUGCAAAUGGAGCCUCGCCGGAGCAGCGGCGGAAAAUUAAAAAUGGUGGAGGAUGAUGGGAUCCUGAAGCCACCCUCUGAUCCAUCCUUACCUCUCCCUCUUUACCUAACCAAUGCUCUUUGUUUCACUCUCUUUUUUUGGGUUGUUUAUUUCCUACUGGGCCGUUGGCGUGAGAAAAUUCGCACUUCCACCCCUCUCCACGUCGUCACUCUCUCUGAAAUCGCCGCUAUCUUGGGCUUCCUGGCUUCCUUUGUCUACCUUCUUGGCUUUUUCGGGUUUGACUUUGUUCAGUCUUUGAUCUUACGCCCCCCCACUGAUGAUGUCUGGGAGGAAGACGAAGAUGCUCUGCUUAAAUUGCCCUGCGCCCAACCUCUCGAUUCUCGCAAAUUGCCUUGCGCCCAAGCUCUCGAUUGUGCGCUUGAUUCUCACAAAUUGCCCUGUGCCCAACCUCUCGACUCCUCAAAUGAAGAGAUCAUCAAAUCUGUGGUUGCCGGAACAAUUCCCUCCUACUCGCUCGAGUCUAAAUUGGGCGAUUGCCAGCGUGCUGCGGCCAUCAGGCGUGAGGCCUUGCAGAGGGUGACCGGUAACUCACUGUCGGGGCUGCCGCUGGAGGGCUUCAAUUACGAUUCCAUUUUGGGGCAGUGCUGCGAGAUGCCGAUUGGGUAUGUUCAGAUUCCUGUGGGAAUUGCUGGACCUCUCUUGCUUGAUGGCAAAGAAUACUCAGUUCCCAUGGCUACAACGGAGGGGUGUUUGGUGGCGAGUACCAACAGAGGCUGCAAGGCAAUUCACUUGUGCGGCGGUGCAACAAGUGUGCUUCUCAAAGAUGGCAUGACGCGAGCCCCUGUCGUCAGGUUCGCCACUGCCAAAAGAGCUGCCCAAUUGAAGCUCUACUUGGAGGAUGCUGCUAAUUUUGAGGUUGUUUCAUCUGCUUUCAAUAAGUCUAGCAGAUUCGGUAGGCUUCAAUCCAUCAAAUGCGCGAUCGCAGGCAAGAAUCUUUAUCUGAGGUUUACCUGCAGCACUGGUGAUGCUAUGGGCAUGAAUAUGGUCUCUAAAGGUGUCCAGAAUGUCUUGGAUUUUCUGCAAACUGAUUUCCCCGACAUGGAUGUUAUUGGCAUCUCCGGUAACUUCUGUUCGGACAAGAAGCCAGCUGCUGUCAAUUGGAUUGAAGGAAGGGGGAAGUCGGUAGUCUGCGAGGCCAUUAUCACUGCCGAUGUGGUCAAGAAGGUGCUCAAGACAAACGUCGCGGCCUUGGUGGAGCUUAAUAUGCUCAAGAACCUCACUGGCUCUGCCAUGGCAGGAGCUCUAGGUGGGUUCAAUGCUCAUGCCAGUAACAUAGUCUCUGCUAUAUUCAUAGCCACUGGCCAAGAUCCUGCUCAAAAUGUUGAGAGCUCUCACUGUAUUACCAUGAUGGAAGCUGUUAAUGAUGGAAAGGAUCUUCAUGUCUCUGUCACUAUGCCUUCUAUUGAGGUGGGUACUGUGGGAGGAGGAACGCAGCUUGCAUCACAGUCGGCAUGCUUGAACCUGCUUGGAGUGAAGGGCGCUAGCAAAGACACGCCAGGAGCCAAUGCAAGGCGUUUGGCCUCCGUAGUUGCAGGCUCGGUUCUUGCUGGAGAGCUCUCCCUAAUGUCUGCACUUGCCGCCGGACAACUUGUUAAUAGCCACAUGAAGUACAAUAGAGCACCAACCAAAACCUGAUGUGAUCUCUCCUAAGAAGAAACAAUACCCUUUUUGUUAUUUUGUGAUUUCUUUCAUUAUACCUUUUCUUCAGUCAGAUACCUGUAUCAAUUGUUCUACAAACUAGUUGUGUAAAGUUACUUGAAAAUAUUUAAUUAUACUUUUCUGCAAUAA